AUGGGCAAUCGUCACGUAGUGCUGAAAGUCGCGUCUAAAGACAUCCCAACGGUGGGCAAUGUCCGAGUCGAAGCCAAGCGCAUCGGGUUUGCGGCACGAGUAUUACGGCCGCGGAGCCCUCUGCGGACUCGACCGGACAUUAAACUGUGUCUGGCAGUCAAUGAAUUGAGCAACAGCUACAACAAGAACGGGAACCACGCCAUUAAGCAGAGAAUAGAGGUUCUACUGGUCGAGAAUGAUACCAAGACUACGGAGGGGUCGGAACAGUUCAUCGUUGCGGAGAUGGUGCUCAGACAUCCCAAAUACGACUACUACACAAUGGACAACGACAUCAUGUUGAUCAAACUGUCCCAACCUGCCGCCAUAAACAGCUAUGCGGACGCCGUUUCCCUGCAGACCGCGUUUCGCGGCGACCAGCUUCAGUGUUUGGACGCCCCGGUUAUGAGUGAAGUGGACUGUCAUGGCUCCUACCCAGGAAUGAUCACUGACAACAUGAUGUGUGUCGGCUACAAGGGGAGAGGCCGCGACUCCUGCCAGACUGAUCCUGGCGGACCAGUGGUGUGUAACGGAGUGCUCCAGGGAAUAGAAUCGGGGGGCACGUGUGUGAGGUCGUUUGAGCAUCCCGGCUUCUACACUCGCGUCUGUCAUUACGUCUACUGGAUCCACAGCACCAUCGCUGCGAACUGA